GCCGCGCUCACCUCUCCUGGUGCGCACCAGCCCUCGAUUAACGCGCGAUGCCCACUGAGACACAUCUACAGUAACCGAGAAGGAGUGAAAAAAUAAAAGAAAGGAAAUUAAUCUACGUUUUUUUUUUUAUUUUUACAUUUUUAUUUUCUUUUGCAAAUUGGGAAAAAGACAACUUAUACCUCAUUCAGUCAGUGUGAUGGACAGUGGAUGCAGGGUAGUGUUAUUUGACACUUUAAAGGCUCGAAUUCCCUUUAUUUUUUUUCUAAUAUUAGACGGCAUCAACUUACGCUGCGAACAUUAAAACAGAAUCAUGGCUGACUAUGUGAGAAAUGAGACAUCCAUCAACCCCGAGUGCGUCGUAGCGCAGGUCGACGCGCUGAAGAACGGAGCGGGUAACGGGAGCUUGGAGGCAACAAACAUCGCCUGCGGCAACGCGUCCACACUCCUCAUACCUCAGCGUGCGAGGCAGAGAGAUGAAGACCACACACUUCGGAUCCUGCUCUAUUCGCUGAUCUUCUUCCUGAGUGUAUUCGGAAACCUGUUGAUCAUUGUUGUUCUAACGGUCAACAAGCGCAUGCGCACCGUGACCAACACCUUCUUGCUGUCCCUCGCCGUCAGUGACCUGAUGAUGGCCAUCUUCUGCAUGCCCUUCAACCUCAUCCCCAGCAUCCUCAAGGACUUCAUUUUUGGAGCUGCCAUGUGCAAGAUAGUCACCUACCUCAUGGGCAUAUCCGUGAGCAUCUCCACUUUUAGCCUGGUUGCCAUAGCAAUUGAGCGCUAUAGCGCCAUCUGUAACCCCCUGAAGUCACGGGUAUGGCAGACCCGUUCGCAUGCCUAUCGGGUGAUUGCUGCCACAUGGGUGCUGGCCUUGAUUAUUAUGAUCCCCUAUCCGAUCAUCAGUCACCUGGAGUCGUUUCCGCGGCGUGACAACACUACAGCACACCGGUGUCGCCACAAGUGGCCUGUCGCAACUGCAGAGCAGACCUGGUACAUCCUGCUGUUGCUUGUACUGUUCGCCAUUCCAGGCGUGAUGAUGAUCGUGGCCUACGGUUUGAUCUCGAGAGAACUUUAUCGAGGCAUCCAGUUUGAAAUGGGCCAUAAAAAAGAUUCUUCAGAUGUAAAUGGCCUGACCUCUACCGUGUCUGCUGGCAGUGAUGAUGGAGAUGGUUGCUACGUGACUGCGGUCCAGCGGCCGCACACGAUGGAGAUGUCUGCCAUGGCUGCAUCAGGCAGGGCGAUCAAGGCAGAGAGGCCACGCAGCAACACAUCGGAAGCCAAGCUAGAGGCCAAAAAACGAGUCAUUCGCAUGUUGGUGGUGAUUGUUGUCCUGUUCUUUGUCUGUUGGAUGCCACUGUACUGUGUCAACACCUGGCGGGCUUUUGAUGAAAGCUCUGCCACACAGACGCUCUCAGGGGCCCCCAUCGCUUUUAUCCAUUUGUUGUGCUACACCUCCGCCUGCGUCAACCCGAUUAUUUACUGCUUCAUGAACACACGCUUCCGCAAAGCUCUGCUCGCCACGUUCUCAUGUUGCAUCGCGCCUUGCCAUCGGCGUCGUCAUCGUGGGCUUCGGGACAAUGAGGAGGACGCUAUGGCGACAGGUGCGUCCAUGUCCAAGUUUAGUUACACUACUGUCAGCACUAUGGGAACCUGUUGAGGGAAAUGGAUUCACAACAAUUAAAAAAAGACAGUUACAGAGGCAACACGAGACCCAACAUCCCCCCAGCUUUUUGUUUUGUUUAACACGUGCUCAUAGGGACAUUCAUGUGAAGUGAAAAAAUAUGCCAUGUGAUGUAGCAGUAUAGAAGCUUCAUUUAUGACUGUGAAUAAAAUUAUAUAUCGAUUAUCUUAAGAAACCCAGUCUUAAGUGUAAAUACCUCCAUGGCUUUUAUGAAAAAGCACAACACCAGAGUAUACAGUUAUCUCUUGUAGACAGAGGCAAAUUGUUGGCUUAGAUAUUUGCGGUGUGGAUGUUAGUAGUGGUUGGCUACAUGAUAUGUGAGACAGUCUUUAUAACUAAAUAGUAAUUAUGUAGCUAUAACAACAAACCCAUGAUUUGCUAUGUAACUUUAAAACUGUGUUUGAUGUUUUGCAGUCAGUUACUGGUUGUCUGUGUUAAUGAUGAUAAUACAUUUGCCUUGUGGACAAAGUGCCUGCUUCUAAAUUGAAUGGCCUUUAUUGUCACUGUAAAUAUAUACAAGGAAACUGAGAUGGUGCAACGUAAAAAAACGGACGCUCACUAAAACACAGGAUGAUAACUAAGACGUACAAUAAAAUCUAGGAUAAAUAAAGAUAUAAAAACCUGUAUAAAAUAUACAAAUCUGUAUGUACAUUAAUAAAUAAAGUGCGGGCGCACAGCAGCCAGAUGGGUGGCACACUUUUAGUGUUUUUCCUCAUUUGAUUUUUAUUGCAUGAGAGAAGAAACUGAGCUAAAAGCCUGCGUGAGUGAAGUCCUUGAUGAUGUUGGUAGCUCUGCUCAGGUAGCAUGAAUGGGCAAUGGCCUCCAGACAGGAGAGGGGGCACCCAGUGAUUUUCUCUGGAGUACUUUCUUAUCUUCAGCCUGCAUACCACACCGACAUGCAGUAUGUUACCAGCCUCUCAUUUGUUUCCCAGUAGAAGGCCACCAUCAGCAUGCUGUCUGUGUUUUAUCUCCUGUCUUUACUCCUUACGGUCCUCAGAUAUGAAGACCUCCAGGAACUUGAAUGUUUGUGCCCUUUCCACAUGAAGAGAGGGGUCAGAUCAGUGUCUAAUUUCCUCCUGAAGUACAGUCCGAAUUCCUUUGUCUUUGUGCUGUCUCGGUGUCAGGUUAUUCACUGAGCAUCACCAUGACUUUGUCGUGUCUUUUUAUCUUGUCCCUGUAUGCUGUCACAGAUUCUCCUGUGAUAAACCCAAUGACGGUUGUGUUGUCAGCUAAGGAGUUGGUCAAGUAAACUGGCAUUCAGUCAUGAGUGCAAAGGGAGCAGAGGGCCAGGCUCGCGACACAACCUUACAUCGAUGUUUAGAGUGAUGGAGGAAGAGCGGUGGGGUCCUAGUUUGAUUCUCUGUGAGCGGUUAAUGAGGAAGACUUUGAUCCAGGUGCAGAUGAGAGGCCUAAGUGUUUAUAGUUUGCUGACUAGAAAGUCUGUAAUUAUGAUAUCAAAUGCAGAGCUAUAGUCGCAUAGCUCCCUCGGUGUUCUUGGUGGUUUAUUGCUGUGUGGAUUGCUAUGGCAAUUGCCUCUUCUGAGUAUCUCUUAGCUCUGUAAGCAAGCUCAUGUGGAUCAGGUGUGGCAGAGAGCCUGCUUUUAAUGUGAUGCUUGGCAAGUUUCUUGAAGCACUUCUUAAUCACAGGCAUAUAGUAAGUGCAAUGGAUCUAUAAUCAUUCAAGUCCGCAGAGACUGGCUUUUUGGGAAAAGGAAUUAUAGUGCCUGACCUGACUUUUUCUAAUACCCCAGUGAGCUGGUUAGCACAUGCUUGGAGUACUCUCCUUAGCACAUGUCUGACCUUAGCAAAAAUCCCACAUCCUGUUCCUGCAGUGAGUCUGUUGUGGCCUUAAACUGGAUGAAGAAACCACCUAGCUCCUCAACAGUGAUUCACAAUGAUUCACAUUCACAGUGAUUAUAUGCUGUAACUCUUGCCAAACCCUCCAGGAGCCGUUAUGUAUCAGGUGGUCCUCAGUCCUGCUCUUGAAGGCCCUUUUCAUCACCUUUAUUCCGCUCUUUUAGAUUGGCUCUUGCUAUGCUGUAACAGGCUUUGUCACUUGUUCUGAAGAAAGUGUUGUGGUUUUUGAAGAGUGUUUGGACGUUGCUUGUCAUCCACAGUUUGUGAUAUAAAAAAGCACAGCUUCUGUGCAUUCCUCCAGCUUGGUUGAAUUAAUCCCAGGUUGUGUGAUCAAAGCAGUCCUGUAGCUGUGAUUGAGCCUCUUCAGGCUGUGAUCGUCUUCAUUCUUGACUUUGUACUUCUAGCAGAAAAUGUUGCAAAUGUCACAUGCUGGUAGAAGUUGGGGAGUACUGUUUUAAGACACCAGUGGUUAAAGUCGCCCACAUGUGGGUGACUGAAUGGAUGCGCUGCUGUUUGAUAAUGAUGGCAUUAGCAUCUGGUGGGAUGAAGACAACAGUGACUAUCACCACUGAAAACUAAAUAUUAUAUUUACCUAAUGUUAAUUUUCCUCUAAUUAUUGGAGUUAGAAGUGUAGUUUAAAAGUUCUGAAACACUCUUAAGCUGCAAAUAUUCACAAGAUGUUAUAAAUUGCUACAUGGCAACUGAUAAAUGAGUAGGUUGUUAUGUGAUAUUCAUGUCAUGACAUAAAAAAAAAAUAAUCAAAAGAAAAAGAAAAGAUGUAAGCCAACAUCUUUUAUGUGCCUGGGCCUCUAUUCUGCUCUUUAUGGAAAGCAUUUUAAAUGGAAUUUUAUCUUUCUAAGGUAAUAAAUUCUACAUAUCAUAUUAUAAAAACUUUAUUAACUCUCCUGUGUUCAUCUGAAAUUACUGAAUAUUACCACAGAUAUAAUAAAAAACAGCAAAAGAACAUAAUGACUGAUUCACUUUUAGAGAUGGUGUGAGUGGCUAUUGUAGGGACUGGGAUUUUUUUGAACUUCUGCAAUGGCUUAAUUUUUUAGCCCUGGAGUUUGCUGCUUGAUGUAAAUAUGGUUUAUCAGUAUCAUUGCAACUAAUGCUUAAAAUGACAUAGUAGCUAUAGCACCAGAUAUUGCUCCUAUUGCUGAACUGCAUUUGUAAACCAGUCUGUUAAGUGCAAUGUACAGGUACUUCCCAGAACCCUCAUAAGCUCAUUUUUCUGUGUCCCUGUUGAACUCGUCAGUAGGUUAAAGUUUGGAAACCAGGAUUCAAAGUUUGUGUCUUUGUCAUGUCUUUCUUAC